AUGGCUAACACUUGUUGCCUUAUUGAGAUGGAGCCUAGGACCUUAAGGGAAGGACAACUCAACCAUGCCAGGGAAGUGGCUGCGGAUGUAGUUCAAAAGAUGGAACCAAAAGAAGCGUCCACUGCAUUCAAUAAGGGACUGAGACCGGUUGUUUCAAUAAAGCAGAUGAAUCAGAUUGAGGAAAAUGGAGAUCAACAUAAUGACAAGCUUGUUAAGUGCAAGGAGGAGACUGCUGAGAUUAUUGACAGACCUUGCCAAUGCUCAUGUGUCACUGAAAAUAUAGAAGAAUCCCCUGAUCAAAUGAACCUUAAGGAGCCCCUUUCGGCCCCAUUUUGA